GCUCCGACGAUUGCAGAAGACAAAAUGAACUAUUUGACUCUGAGCAGAAGAGACAGAGAGAGUCAGUAGGACGUAUUGAAAAAAUAGAAGUUAACUAUGAAGGAACACCUAAAAAUGAAACACUGGUUAUGAAUAAAAAUGUGUCAACCCCUUAUGAUUGUGCUAAACAUUUGGGUGAUACUGUUCGCAAAAGAUGUGUAGUAGCUCUACUCAAUGGGGAAACCUUAUGGCACGUCCACAAACCACUUCCUGAUUCUUGCAAGUUAGAAUUACUACAUUAUCAUCUACCAAAUCCAAUAUCGGUGAACAAAACAUACUGGAGGAGUUGUAGUUUCUUAUUGGGGGCUGUUAUCUCAAAUGCUUUCAAAGAUAACGUUUCCCUAUCUUUACAUAGCUUUCCAAGUCCAAAUGUGAAAUCUGGAAGCUUUGUUUACGAUGUACAGCUGAGUCUAGAUGAUUGGAAACCAACAACUGCAGAGCUCAAAGUACUCUCCAUAGAAAUGAUAAAACUGUCCCAGAAAGAGUUCCCCCUGGAAUGUUUGGAUGUGUCCAAAGAAAUUGCUUUCGAUAUUUUCAAAAACAACCCUCACAAAACACUACAAAUCCCUAGCAUCGCAGAGCACAAUGGGGAUAAGGUUACUCUGUACAGAGCUGGUCAGCACAUAGAUAUCUCGAAGGGGCCCAUGAUACCAAAUACAAAUCACUUGGGUAGAAUAACUGUUGCCAAUGUCAUAAAAUUGGAUACUGAUAUUCCGGGAGCACCCAUCUAUAGAUUCCAAGGAGUUUCACUACCGAGAUCUUUGAUUUUGAAUCAUUUUGCAUAUGGAUUGCUCGAAGAGAGAGCAAGGCUAUUGAAUGGUGCAAGGAUUCCCGGGACUCAAGCGGUGGUUAAUGAGGAUAAUACCUUUGUAGCAAGAAUGACUGGAUAAUGUUUUUAAUAUAUAGAAUUUAGUUAA